AUGAUAGGUGUCUACAGCCGCAUCUGCAACGCCUUGCGGGAUGGAACGCUGUACCUUACCAUCCACUGUGGUGAUGAAUUCUAUGUCUUUGAUAAAGACUUCAGUACCAAGGACACCCGCGUGUAUCGAGAUACCAGAUCGACAGAGUCCCAGCCCUAUAUGAUAUUGCCGGAGCCCGGAAGACUAUGCCACGAGAAUGGGGGUGGCAACGGAUGGCAGAUCUGGAACAAGCUCACUGUAGAAGACGAAAUUUGCAUCUGCCCGAGGGUUUUCGACAAUGCAAAGACGUCGCAGACUCUGAGCAGUUUAGACAAUACUGUUGACACCCUGAAAGGGCGACAUGUCGAUUACAUCAAGAAAUUCACCGCAGCAGGCAGUUUACUACACGAGCUAUCCCAUUGCCGUGGCAUCCUUGGGGACGACCAGACCAAGGACCUAAGGCUUCGACCUUUCCCACUAGGUCCGUUCAUCGAUGGGUAUCAACGAAACGGCGUCUGGGCCGUGUCAAAAAUUGAUCCAGCUGGGGCUCAUCGCAACGUAGACAGUAUCACGUAA